AAAAAACGAGAAAUGCCAAGCAUAAUCACUAAACUUUACAGUGUUUUCUUCAAAUACCAACAGAAACACCUUCUACAAAAUCUAUCUGAACAAUCUUUAAUCACAAAUAAUAAACCAAACAAUCCAUUCGGCAUAACUUCAAGAACUCAUGAAUCUUCCAUUGCAAGCAAUCCAAUAUUCACCGAUGGCGUCGCCACUAAAGAUAUUCAUAUAGAUCAUUUCUCUUCGCUCUCUCUACGAAUCUUUCUGCCCGAAUCUGCGCUUUCUUUGUCAUCGAUAAACGCCUCUCGUUACGGUGGCUACUCGCCGCCUUCGGGUAAUAACUUGCGGAGGAAGUUACCGGUGAUGUUGCAGUUUCAUGGAGGCGGUUUUGUUAGUGGGAGUAAUGAGUCGGUUGGAAAUGAUGUUUUCUGUAGGAGAAUGGCUAAGCUGUGUGAUGUGAUUGUUGUUGCUGUUGGGUAUAGAUUGGCUCCUGAAAGUAAGUUUCCUGCUGCUUUUGAGGAUGGGAUUAGGGUUUUGAAUUGGUUAUGUAAGCAAGCUAAUUUAGCUGCUUGUAGAAGAUUAGGUGUUCAAGGUGGAAUUUUUGAUAGUUUUGGUGCUUCUAUGCUUGAGCCUUGGUUGGCUGCCCAUGGUGAUCCUUCUAGAUGUGUAAUACUUGGAGCAAGCUCAGGUGCAAAUAUAGCAGAUUAUGUAGCACAGAAGGCCAUAGAAGCAGGCAAGUUAUUAAAUCCUGUUAAGGUUGUAGCACAAGUUCUGAUGUACCCGUUUUUCAUUGGAAGCAUUCCGACGCAGUCCGAGGUUAAGCUAGCAAAUUCAUACUUCUACGACAAGGCGAUGUGCACGCUGGCUUGGAAACUCUUCUUACCUCAGGAAGAAUUCAAGCUAGAUCAUCCAGCUGCAAACCCUCUUCUACCCGGAAGACAGAUCAUACCUCUGAAAUACAUGCCCCCGACGCUAAUAGUUGUGGCGGAAAAUGACUUGAUGAGAGACAGGGCGAUUGCUUAUUCCGAGGAGCUGCGUAAAGUUAAUGUGGAUGCACCCCUUCUUGAGUAUAAGGAUGCAGUGCACGAGUUUGCUACGCUGGAUGUGCUUUUGCAUACGCCUCAAGCGCGAGCUUGUGCAGAGGAUAUCGCUAUAUGGGUGAAAAAGUAUGUUUCUAUCAGAGGCCAUGAGUUUUCUUACUGAUUCAGAUUAAUUAUUUAUGCUCCCUCUUCUUCAAUUUUGACAUGUUGAAGAGGAUCAGCAUUCUUGCAUAUAUGUGGAAUGUAGCUUUAAUUCAGUUUUUUCAAGCAUUAGGUUAGGAUGAUGUAAAUGCGAGAAUUUUUUUACAUAGUCCUUGUC